UCAUCCUCUACAUCCCACCAUCAAACUCACAUCAGGCAGGACAACACUGAAGCAGUCAUGCAGAGACACACAGUGGAAAGUGGAGACCUGCAAACAGUCAAAGACCAGCACAAAACCAGCAUGAAGAAAAAGUAUGAAAGAUUAUUUGAGGGAAACAAACUCCAAGGGAAUCAAACCCUUCUGAACAAGAUCUACACACAGCUCUACAUCAUAGAGGGAGAGAGUGAAAGAAUAAAUAAAGAACAUGAGGUUUUACAGAUGGAGAAAACAGCCAGAACAAAACAGUUACCAGACACUCCAAUUGACUGCAAUAACAUUUUUAAAGCCUCAUCUGAAGCAGGAUGUGAGGAAAAAGACCAAAUCAAGACUGUUCUUACUAAAGGCAUCGCUGGAAUUGGGAAAACUGUCUCUGUGCAGAAGUUCAUUCUGGACUGGGCUGAGGGAAAAGCCAAUCAGGAUGUGGAUUUCAUGUUUGUCCUUUCAUUUCGAGAGCUGAACUUGAUUAAAGAUCACCAGUACAGUAUUCACAAACUUCUCCUGGAGCUUCAUCCUGAACUUCAAGUUCUGGACUCAAAGAUUUAUGAGGAAUGUAAAAUUGUUUUCAUCUUUGAUGGUCUGGAUGAAAGCAGAAUCACACUGAUGUUUUCAGAUGCUCAGAAAGUUAGUGAUGUGACUGAGACUUCAUCAGUGGGUGUGUUGAUGUCAAACCUCAUCAGAGGAGAUCUGCUUCCCUCUGCUCUCAUCUGGAUCACCUCCAGACCAGCAGCAGCCAGUCAGAUCCCCUCCAACUACAUCAACCGUCUGACAGAAAUUCAGGGAUUCAAUGAGCCUCAGAAGGAGAAAUAUUUCAAGAAGAGAAUCAGUGACCAACAUCAAGCCAACAAAAUCUUUUCACACAUCAAAAAACAAGAAGCCUCCACAUCAUGUGCCACAUCCCAGUCUUCUGCUGGAUCUCAUCCACUGUGCUUCAAAAGCUCCUGAAGAAGAUGACAGUGCAGAAAUCCCACAAACUCUGACUGAAAUGUACAUCCACUUCCUACUGAUUCAGAUCAAUAUGAGUAACCAAAAGUAUAAAAAAAGAGAUCCAGGGAAACUCCUGCAGUGCAACAAAGAAGUGAUUGUAAAACUUGCUGAAGUGGCUUUCAAACAGCUGAUGAAGGGCAAUGUGAUGUUCUAUGAGGAGGACCUGAUUGAGAGUGGCUUAGACGUCCCUGACUCACGGUACUCUGGGAUUUGCACUCAGAUCUUUAAGGAGGAAUCUGUCAUCCAUCAAAAGAAAAUCUACAGUUUUAUUCAUCUGAGUGUUCAGGAGUUUCUCGCUGCUUUCCAUGUGUUCUCCUACCAUGUGAAUAGAACCAUGGAGGAACUAAAGAAUUUUGCUUCAGUGCAAAAUUUGCUCAAAGGUGCAGUAGAUAAAGCUCUUGAGAGUGAGAAUGGCCACCUGGAUCUGUUCCUGCGCUUCCUGCUGGGCAUCCCACUGGAGUACAAUCAAAGACUCUUACAAGAUUUACUAACACACACAGAGAAGAGCUCAGAGGGCAUCAGGAAAACCACACAGUACAUUAAAGAGAAGAUCAAAGAUGGACAAGGACUUUCCACUGAAAGAUCCAUCAAUCUGUUCCUCUGUCUGCUGGAAGUGAAAGACCAGACUUUGUCCAAGGAGAUUCAGGAGUUUGUGAAAUCAGACAAACACUCAGAGAAGAAACUCUCAGCUGCUCACUGCUCAACAAUUGCCUAUAUUCUUCAGAUGUCAGAGGAGGUGCUGGAUGAGCUGGACCUCAAGAAAUACAACACAUUGGAUGAGGGUAGAAUGAGACUGAUACCAGCUGUGAGCAACUGCAGUAAAGCUCUUCUUGCUUGCUGUAAUCUUACUGCUGAGCAUUGUAAAAUUGUAUCAUCAGCUCUACAAUCCUCAAACUGUAGAGAGCUGGAUCUGAGUAACAAUGACCUCCUGGAUUCAGGAGUGAAGCUGCUCUCUGAUGGACUCAAGAGUCCAAACUGUCAACUGAAGAUACUGAGGUUGUCUGGCUGUAUGGUAACAGAGGAAGGUUGUGGAUAUUUGUCUUCAGCUCUGAGUUCAAACCCCUCACACCUGAUAGAGCUGGAUCUGAGCUACAAUCACCCAGGAGAAUUAGGAGUCCAGCUGCUCAACCACAAACUGGAGGAUCCAAACUGUAAACUGGAGAAACUCAAUUUGGACCAUGGAGGAGAUUUCAGGAUCACACCAGGACUGCGAAAAUAUGCCUGUAAUCUCACGCUGGAUCCAAACACAGCACAUGGUCAACUCAUUCUCUCUAAAGAAAACAAAUCAACAUCAUGUGUGAAAGAACAGCAGCCGCACCCUGAUCAUCCAGAGAGAUUUAAAAGCCUUGAACAGGUUCUUUGUCAAGACAAGCUGACUGGACGCUGUUACUGGGAGGCUGUCUGGAAUGGAUGGGGUCAUGUAGCAGUGACAUACAAGGGAAUCAACCGGAAGGGUGGGAUUGACUGUCGGUUUGGACUCAAUGAGAAGUCGUGGUGCCUGUACUUUUCUGAUACGAUUUAUACCGCCUGGCACAAUAAUGUGAGCACAAACAUUCCUUCCUCUUCAUCCCCAUCUAAUAGAGUGGGAGUCUAUCUGGACUGGUCGGCCGGCAUUCUGUCCUUCUACAGCGUCUCUAAUGCACACACAAUCACACACAUAUACACAUUUAAUACCACAUUCACUGAACCCCUCUAUGCUGGAUUUAGACUAUAUCCUGAUUCUUCAGUGUCUCUGUGCCAGAUUUAAAGGCCAAAUAGUAUGCAAAAUUCACUUUUACAUGUUGGUUGAAUAUAAAUGUAUAUUGGCAGUGUGUGUACACAACUGUUUACCUUCACAGACCGACUGUUUUUGUAACUUCUGUGUGUUUUUAACAUAAACUUGUGUGUAUUUGACUGCUUUAGGACUAGACCGCAAUAAUACAAGAGAACUCUGUUUAGUACUCACAUGGCAUGUGCAUUCAGGAAACCCUGUAUCAGAAGUUUAAACUAAUAUGGUUUCAAACACAUUUCAUUGUGGUAGAAGUGAUAAUCAAUACACAACAGUAUAGGUAUUUUUGCAUUUUUCUGGAGAUAUGACAGGAAGCAAAUGGGAGAGAGAGAGAUGGGGGCGGGAUCGGGAAAGGUCCACGAGGUGGGAUUUGAACUCGGGACACCCGAAACACAACUGCACCAUAUGCCGGCAUGCUGCGCACAAGGCUAUUGCGCCGACAACAGAUGUUGUUUUGUUUCUUUUUUUUUUAUCAGAGUAUCUGAGUUAUGAGCUGUAAAGGCACAGCCCUAUUCUGGAAAAGGGGUGGAGAGCAGCCGCUCAUUUGCAUUUAAAGAGAAAUGCACAAAAACAGCGUGUUUCUGCUUCCAGUCAAAAUAAGCAUUUCCAAAGUGAUAUAAUAGAUGGUUGUUGCGACAUUUCUUUCUUGAAAUUGUGACUUCAAUAGAUGGCAAUUUUAAAAAAAUUUAAAAAAAAGUUUAAUUGUUUCACAUGCAGGCAGGCUCAGUUUCAUCAUGCUGUAUUGUCAAAAAUGUGUUUCCACAAUGAUCAAUAUAUUAUGCAUAUACCAUAUACCAUUUGAUUAUUGCUAUUAACAUAACUUUAAUCAUAUACUCUCCUAUAGCACUGAAAAUAUGCAUUGAGGACGUUUUGUUAAACAGUAAUUUUUAGCUUUUCUUUGGAAAGUCUUA